CUAUAGAUGUAACAGUUGACUCUGCUACAACAUAAACUAAUAGUCGAUAUAAAGGGAGGGAGGGACGAAUGAAUGAAUGAUUCUCUCUGUGUCUUUCUCGGUUGAGAAGAAAUUGGUGAGAGGAGAGGAGAGCUGCAAAGAAUUUAAGGAAUUGUUAUGGCUUGCCUGGUAUUUGGUCAGUCUAGCGGCGUGUGCGCUGCUACCAUUAUUUUCUACACUUGUAUAUGGAUUCCGUUUCUUGAAAUAAAGAAGCUACUUCUGAACAUUAAAGGAUUGGUUCUUCACUCUGAGGCCGAAGGAAAGUGGUGGUGGGCAGCAGAUGAUGCUGCCGAUGCCAAUGCUGGUGCUGGUGCUGAUGCUGAUCUUCCAGUGGCCAGGUUUCAAGGUUUGGAUUUGGCUUUGGAUGGCAGCAGAUCAUCAUCAGCAGCAGCAGAAGAUGAGGAAACCUUGAUGACGUGCUGGGUUUGCUUGGUGAAAAUGAAGGGGGAAGAAGAAGUGGUGAGCCGACUGCGGAGAUGCGGCCACGUGUUCCAUACGAGGUGUAUUCAGAGUUGGAUACGCCUAUGCUGCCGCCCCCAUCACUUCACUUGCCCACUCUGCAGGACCUCCUUAUUCUUCUUGCACCGCCAUCAGUCCCCUUCAACCGCCGCUCCCGCUCAUCACUUGCCGGUGCCGUCCCAUGGCUAGCUCAUCAUCGUGUCACAGCACUGUAUU